AAGACGUGUCUAAUUUCCUCUCCUAAAAACCUAUACAUACAACACAUUAUCUCUAUAUAUAUACAGAUCUGAAACCCCAGAAAAACCAUUUCCAAAUUUCAACUAUCAAAUCCAUCAAUUAUGACUUUCAAAGAAACAAAAAAAGACGAAGCAAGUUCAUCAACCCACAUCCUAAAUCUCCCACCAACUGAAACAACCCCACUUAUAAAACCAUCAUCCCAAAAACAUCUUUCAUCAAAUUUCAAAACCUUUGCCAAUGUUUUCAUCGCCAUUGUCGGCGCCGGCGUUCUGGGUCUUCCCUACACUUUCAAACGCACCGGUUACGCCACCGGAACUCUCACCGUCUUCGCCGUUGCUUACUUUACAAACCAUUGUAUGCUGCUUUUAGUCAAGACCCGAAAAAAACUUGAAUCCGUAAACGGGUUUUCAAAAAUUAACUCAUUUGGUGAUUUGGGCUUUGUUGUUGCUGGCCCAAUUGGCAGGUCUGCUGUUGAUGUAAUGAUUGUACUUUCACAGGCUGGAUUUUGUGUUAGUUAUUUGAUUUUUGUAUCUAAUACUUUGGUUAAUAUAUUUGAUUUGGAAUUAGUUAAUGGUGUUAGUAAUUUUCGGGUUUUCGGAUUGUCUGCGAAAACAUUUUAUAUAUGGUUAUGUUUUCCUUUUCAAUUAGGAUUGAAUGCUAUUCCAACUUUGACACAUUUAGCCCCUAUAAGUAUAUUUGCUGAUAUAGUUGAUAUAGGUGCAAUGGGUGUUGUUAUGGUUGAGGAAGUUAUGAUAUAUGUGAAUUCGAGUAAUGUGUUGAAAGCGUUUGGUGGGUUUUCGGUUUUCUUUUAUGGGCUUGGGGUGGCGGUUUAUGCGUUUGAAGGGAUCGGGAUGGUGUUGCCGUUGGAAUCAGAGACGGCGAAGAAAGAUAAGUUUGGGAAUGUGUUGAGUGUGACUGUUGGGUUUAUUGCGUUGAUGUUUGCGGCGUUUGGUGUAAUUGGUUAUUUUGCGUUUGGUGAUGAGACGAAGGAUAUUAUUACUACGAAUUUAGGGGAAGGGUGGUUGAGUGGUGUGGUUCAGUUGGGACUUUGUUUGAAUUUGUUUCUUACGUUUCCGAUCAUGAUGAAUCCGGUUUAUGAGGUUUUUGAAAGGAUGUUUUGUGAUGGGAAGUAUAGUUUGUGGGUGAGAUGGGGUAUGGUUUUAGUGGUGACUUUUGUGGCGCUUUUGGUACCUAAUUUUGCGGAUUUCUUGUCUUUGGUUGGAAGUAGUGUUUGUAUUGUAUUAGGGUUCGUGUUGCCUGCGUUGUUUCAUUUGAUGGUGUUUAGAGAUGAAUUGAGUAUAAUUUGGUGGAUCAAAGAUGGAGCGUUUAUUGUUUUUGGUGUGCUUUUGGCUGUUACCGGCACAUGGACUUCUUUGCAGGAGAUUUUUGCACCUAAGGCUUGAAGAGCUAACGGCAGUCAUUUCAUUGUCAAAUCUUAAAACGCGCAGUCAAAAGGUGAAGUGAUGAGAUUGUUGACAUUGGUUUUGCUUGUGAAGAUAUUCUAGCAUGGAUUGAAAUGGUGUAUGUUUUGUGGAUAUGCAAGGGGUUAUAUUAAUAAUGUACCUUCGAUUUGACAACCUUGAUUCAUGAUUGUGAAUUAUUUAAGCCAUGCUUAAACGAUGCUACCUAAUGAUGAUUGAAUCUAAAGGAUUGAAUGUAUGAAGGUAAAAUUUGUGUUUCUAUGUAUGUUAAGCAAUUUAUACAAUAUAUGUACUGUUCAAAUGAAGAAACUUUUCUUGAAAA